AUGACGGCGGCACGGCGAUCUGCCUGGGCAUUGCGUGCGGCAUGCCUUGCUGCUGUUGGGGUGGCCACCCUGAUGCUGGCAGAGACCGCUUUCGUGGCUCCAUUGCCAACUGUCAGCGACGCCCAGAGCAGAACACUGGCAGGCCUCGGUUCUUCCUAUGCAUCAUUGCGAGGAAGCCGCAGCUUCGCCCCUCGAACGCCUCUCAAAGCCGAAGAGGCUGUCGAAGCUGGCGAGGGCAAGAAAACGAUUGACUGGGUGCUGUUGGCUUACUUCGCUCUCUGGUAUUUGGGGAACUAUUACUACAACAUCACCAACAAGCUGGCCUUGAAGGCAGCAGGCGGCGCCAAGGGCUUCCCGAUGACGAUUGCGACGCUUCAGCUUGGUGUGGGCUGUCUAUGGGCCCUUCUCCUCUGGGGCUAUCCGGACACGCGGAAGCUUCCUGAGAUCACGGCGGAGGACUAUACCAAGACCCUGUUGGUUGGGCUUACUUCGGCAGGUGCUCACGCCGCUUCGGUUUUUGCGCUCAGUGCGGGAGCUGUAUCCUUCGGUCAGAUUGUGAAGGCAGCGGAGCCGGCCUUCGCCGCGCUGAUCGGCACCAUGUUCUACUCAUCGAAGGUGAGUCUUGGAAAAUGGCUAUGUCUGAUCCCCGUCAUCGGCGGCGUUGUCUUGGCUUCGCUCGCAGAGCUGGACUUUGCCUGGGCGGCCCUCAUUACGGCUGCGAUGGCCAACGUCUUCGCGGCCUUCAAGGACUGA